AUGACCCAACAACAAGAGCCAAAAGUGGUUGACUCAUCCAUCGACAGUAAUAGCAACAGCAGUACUGAAAUAUCCAAACACAACAAAAACAGCAUUGAAGAAUUUAGUAAUAAUGGAUCAUCAUCAGAAUUAAAUACAAAUGAUACAUCCAGUCUACCAGAACCACAAGUUGAAUCGCUUUCCGAUGAAUUGAAACAUCAUACAAUUACAUCCAAUGGUAUCAAGACACCACCACCACCACCACCACCAGCAGCACCACAGAACCCCGAGGGGGAAUAUCUUGAGAUUGCUAAGAAGUUAUUUGAAGAAGAAUUUGUUUCUAUUCAACCAGAAGAAUAUAUUCAAUUCUUAGCUUCCAAAGAUCCAGAAUCAACCAAGAUUAGAAAUUAUUAUAUGAAUUUAUUUAGUUGGCCUACGAAUUUAUUAAGUUCUACCAGAAUGUUAUGUUCGAAAUUAUAUCUUAAGGGUGAAUCACAAGAAAUUGAUCGGAUAUUGACAUCAUUUACUCAAUCUUAUUUAAAACAACAUCCUCAUAAUAUAUUCUGUACCAAGAACUUUGAACAGAUUUAUGUGAUUAUUUAUUCAUUGAUAUUGUUGAAUACGGCAUUACAUAAUCUGGAAUUAAAUAAAAAGAGUAAAAUAAGUCAAGCUGAUUUUAUCAAAAAUACUUAUUCAACUUUUCUUCAACAAAAUCCUAGUUUGGUGAAAACAUUAUCGAUAAAACAAAGAUUUGCAAUGGAAAGAGAAUUAUCUAAUUUUUAUGAAGAUUUGGCAAAGACUGAAUUACAUUUAAAAACUAAUGAUGAAUCACAAGUUACAAAUAAUAAUAAUAUCGUUAGAAGAAUGUCGAAAAAGGAACAACAUCCACAACUUAGGCCAUCAUCACAUCCACCGAAAUCAGCAGUCCCACCCAAUCCUGUCUUAUCCUUAAACAACGCCAUUCCCACCACCACCACCACCACCAUCACUCCACCAGAAGAAUCACAACAACAACAACCCCAAGAAGAUCAACAACAACUAGAACUCUCUCGUGAAUUAAGUUCCAGCAACUCCAUCUGGUCCUCCGACACAACCGACCACCAAACCCGCCAACAUCAAACCACUCUCUUCAAAACAGCAACCAACUCGUCCUCAUACACCUCCUCCUCCACCAAUGGCAGCCCCAAAAAACCCGACCACCAACGAGUCGGGCUCGCCCGGGUCCUAGCCAGUGACGGACAUCGUCGUAUCCACCCCAAAUCAUCCACCGCUUCAUUAUUCUCCUCCAAUCACACAGUAACAGCUCGAGCAAGUUUCGACAAUCUCAGAAAUAAUGGAAAUGGCAGUUCUGGAAAUGCCAAACACCGACUUCAACAAUUGAAUCAUCAUGGAAGUCGAAUGUCUCUCAUGUCGCGCGAAUCCAAUUUUUCACAAUUUGAUGACAUGAUGUCAGAACUCACAUUUGAAAGUAUGUCCGAAUUAGGAAAUACUAAUGUAGAUGAUAGUUUCGCGGGUGGGGAUAAUCGAUCAUUGGAUGAUUUUGAGGCGGGGGAAUAUCUGGAUGAUUAUGAUUUGGUGUUGGAAUUAAGGGGGAGUCCAUAUUUGAAAGAAGGGUUGUGUAGGUUGAAGAUCUUGAAUAAUGAUUUGAUGGAUGAGUCGGGGAGUGGAAGUGGGAGUGGAGGGAGUGGUAGUGGACAGCAGGGGUCGAAUGCUAGUAUUAUUAGUGCGAAUACUCAUUCUGGUGGGAGAUUUUUUUCAUUUUUUAGAAGAGCUGCAAUGGGUGGUGGUAGAAGUCAUCUGAGUAGUGUUAGUAGUGGUAGUGGUGGGGGUAAUGGUGGUAAUUCAGAUACCAUUGGAACCCUGUCAAAUCCAUUAUUACAAAAAUUCACGGAAAAUUUCGUGGUGGUUUCAAAAGGGGUCCUUGCAUUAUAUUCCUUCGAUCCCAAGAUUGUCAAGAAACAACAAAAGAAAACCCACAAGAGAAGAUUUGGUCGUCAUUCUCAUGAUGAAGAACCUCCCAUUGAAGAUCAGAAUGGAAAUGUUGGUGAUGGGAAUUGGUUAAAGAAUGCCGCCAAGAUUGGGACAUAUAAUCUUUGUUCUACUUUUGCUCAAUUAGAAAAACCAUCCAAUACUCCAAUCACAACCUCCACAACCUCCACAUCAUUGAAACCAACUUGGUCAUUAACAUUUCCGCAAACUUCCAAACGACCAGCAAAGAAAUUCAUAUUUGAAGCCGGAACAGAAGAAAUCGCCUUGGAAUUUAUAAAUACUUGUAAUUUCUGGGCGGCAAAAAUCACCGCCAUACCAACAUUAGAAGAAUCAAUGAGUUCGAUAGAAUAUGGAUGGAAUAAUUUAGAUAUGUUAAUUGCCUAUCGUGAUUCAUUCAAAAAAUCGAAAAAUAUCGCGAAAUGGGAACCACUUAUCAAAGGAAUCUAUCUUUCCAAUUAUAUCGUAACUGGAAACAAUGAAGAUGAUGAUGUGAAUCAUGUGGGGAUGAUGAAACAAUUUGUGAAAUCAUUGAAGUAUUAUAAUAAUCUUCGGAAAUUAUAUAAAGAUUUCAUUCAAUCUCGACUGAGAUUUGUGAGUAAUUUACCUAGAUCACAAUAUAAUUGUUCGAAUUAUAAUCGAGUUUUACAGAAUUUUGAUCGAAAGAUUAAGGAUUAUAAAUUAGAAUUAUCCAAAUAUAAGAGUUAUGUUAUUGUGCUUGCAUUUGGAUUACAAUUAAGAUUUGAUCUUGAAGAUGAGGAUAAGAUCGAUGAUGGAAGUGCAACAGUAAUCGAGGGCCAUACUAGUCCAGCCAGCACCGAAGGUGCAACAACAACAACAACAACAACCGAUUCAAGCGAUAAUCACAACAACAACAAUGACGACGACGAUGACUUUACAAAAUUGGUUAAAUUAGAAAUCAAGAAAUUGUUUUUGAAUAUGAAAGAUGUAUCCAAAGUAAUCGCCACCUAUGAAUCAUGUAAAUCAAUUGCUAAAUUUGUUUCAAUGGCUCAAAAACAAGACAUUGAACGUCAACAUCUCCAAGAACAAUAUUUACAAAGUUUGAAUAAUAAUAAUGAGAAUCAAAUAUUAGUGAAGUCCCCAAAAACGUUUACGUUGUCUGAUUUUCAAGGGAAUGAAAGUCCAAUCAAACAAUUAUUAGCUAGUUCUAAUAAUAGUCAUAAAGGACUGCCAAUGGGAUAUUCACUGAUUAAGAUGGAGGAGAUUCCGGAAGAAGAACAUGAUGAGAAGAAGGUUGAGACGGAGGAGUCUUCUUCAGCAAAGAGUAGUAGUAGUUCUACUAAGGUUCCUGAUUUGAAGAUUGAGACUACUCCUGCUUCUGCAUUGAUCUUUAAGUAG